GUUUAAUUUGAAAACAGGCGCUUCUCUCUCUUUCUUAUCAUCGUCCCGCUUUCAGCUUUUUAGCUGAUGAUGAUACCUUUCUGUGUUUCCUGUAUUGCUUUCAUGCUCGCCACUAUGAUUCAUCAUUAUUGAAUCCUUCAAGAUCAUUAGUUUUCAAGAAGAUAGAUUAUUUCAUUUUAAUUUGAAAAUGGUGAAAGACAGUUUGAAGAGCAGUCAAGCUGAGGGAAAUGAGAAUCAGUUCGAUAAGACACUGUCGAACUCGAAUCCAUUAGAUAUCCCCUUUUCAAGAACUCCAUUGAAUGCGAUACCAGAUCCGUCACAAUUCUCCAAGGAAUUUCUUCAAGAGGUUAUGAUUCAUAAUGGAUUUAAGGACAAAUCUCUAGAAGCUGGUUCUACUUCUAACCGAAGGAAAUUUGAUUCGGCGCAUAGUACACCAGCUAGGAGUGUUUCGAGGACCACUUAUGUCGGUCAAUUGGGGGCUUGUACAGGGCCAAGGGCUCUUCAAAGUACAGGGGAAAGAGGAGCGAACAGCUCUAGGGUUUCGAGAAGGAUUUCAAACGUGAAUUGCGAGCCGCCACCUACUGAGGUUCCACAUUUUGAGCUUGUCGAGGAUCCUUCCUUUUGGAACGAUCACAAUGUUCAGGUAUUAAUCAGGAUGAGACCAUUGAGCAAUAUGGAGAAGAUGGGACAAGGGUAUGUUCGGUGCUUGAAGCAAGAGAGUUUGCAGACCUUAGCGUGGCUUGGCCAACCUGAAGUCAGAUUCACAUUCGAUCACAUAGUGAGUGAGACGAUAUCACAGGAAAAGCUUUUCAGGGUUGCUGGAUUGCCCAUGGUUGAUAAUUGCAUGUCUGGUUAUAAUAGUUGUAUGUUUGCUUAUGGUCAGACUGGUAGUGGCAAAACAUAUACGAUGAUGGGUGAGAUAAGUCAAGAGGAUGGCAAGCUUGUUGACGACUGUGGGAUAACUCCACGUCUUUUUGAAUAUUUAUUCACAAGGAUUAAAUUGGAGGAGGAGAACAGGAGGGAUGAAAGACUAAAAUAUAGCUGCAAAUGUUCCUUUUUGGAGAUAUACAAUGAGCAAAUCACUGAUCUCCUGGAGCCUUCAUCCACUAAUCUCCAAGUGAGAGAGGAUUUAAAGGAAGGAGUAUAUGUUGAAAAUCUUACAGAGUAUAAUGUUAAAAACGUUGAUGAAGUCCUCAAGCUUUUACUGCAGGGUGCUGCAAACAGGAAAGUGGCAGGAACAGAUAUGAACAGUGAGAGCAGCCGGUCACAUAGUGUCUUCACCUGCAUUGUGGAAAGUCGGUGGGAAAAGGAUUCCGUGACUCACCUUCGGUUUGGAAGGUUGAAUUUGGUAGACCUGGCUGGUUCUGAAAGGCAGAGAAGCUCUGCAGCAGGAGAACGUGUGAAGGAGGCAUCUUAUAUAAACAAAUCACUAUCAACUCUCGGUCUGGUAAUAAUGUCCCUGGUUGAUGUUGCACAUGGGAAACAUAGACAUGUACCUUACAGGGAUUCAAGACUUACAUUCCUCCUCCAGGAUUCUCUUGGUGGGAACUCAAAAACAACAAUCAUAGCAAAUGUCAGCCCCUCAAUGUGUGCUGCGAAUGAGACAUUAAGCACUCUAAAGUUUGCUCAGCGUGCCAAGCUUAUUCAGAACAAUGCAAAAGUAAAUGAAGAUGCAUCAGGCGAUGUGACAGCACUGCAACGACAAAUUCAAAUGUUAAAGGAGCAGAUGUCCUUAUUAGUGAAACAUCAAAGAAUCUUAAAACCUGUAUUUCAUGUUGGAACGACUUUCCAGCCCAGCUUAGGUGAUGAGUCUUUUGAAAGACAAGAAGAGGCUUGUGGUUGUGGCGAAGAUGUCUGUGACAACUUUCCAGCUUUUAGGACCUUACACUCUCAAACCAAACCCAUAAAUGGACUUGCUCUUCCAAAAGAAAAAGAUGUUCAGUGUACCAAAAUGUUGCUAAGAUUUCGGGAGGAAAAAAUUAAACGCUUGGAAUUGCUUGCAAAUGGCAUCAUUUCUACUGACCAUUAUCUCAUGGAUGAAAAUAUGGCUUUAAUGGAAGAAAUUCAUCAGCUACAAGCUAGGAUUGAUAAAAAUUCUCAAGUAACAAGGUUCCAGGAUUGCUAUGAACACGGUGAGCGUGGAGCUUUGUUAGCUGAAGUUUUAGCAUUGCAUGAUCAGCUUCUGAAAACACUGGAGGUUGAAGAAAGUUAUGUAGAGCAAAAUUUUCCAACUGAAAGACAAAACGAGGAUGACAAAUCAUCAAUGGAGUUAGAGGAGUACAAGUGUGCCAAUUCCAAAUUGAUUAGGAAGGUUGAUGAACUGAAAACAGAACUGAGCAAAUACAUAAGCUAUAACCAAACAGCAGCAUAUCCUGUUGGAAGCUUGUUGAGUAGCAUUGGUUUAGGAGAUGGGAUGGAAGGUUGUGACGAGUUAGUGAAAGGAGUAGUACCUGGUAGUAAUUGUCUCAAAAGGGACAACAUGUUGCAAUCGAGUGACAAUAUAGAAGAGCUAAUGGAAGCAAAAGCCUUGUUAGGUGCCAUGAAAUCUGAGCAGGCCAGAUUGGUUGAAGAGCUACAAUAUAUUCGCCAAGAGAAUGAUAGGUUGGUGGAAACCUUAAACAACACCAACAAUGCACAAACACAUGAGACCCAUACUUCAGAAAACCAAAACCAAAACCUGCCACCUGUCACUGACAACAGCAUGAUGGAUUUACAAGCCAGAUUGGACAAGAUGGCUAAAGACCUUGAAGAUGAUCUUGAGGAUCGCUCAUCACAUUCAUCUCUCAAGAACGAAGUUCGUUUAGUUGAUGAGGAAGUUGAGAACGAAGCAACUAACGCGAUUCUUAAUCUACAAGAAGAAUUAGCAUCUCUUCAGGUGAAAUAUCACGGAAGAUUGUGUAGCAUGUCUGAAGAAAACAAGAAGCUAAGAAGAAUUAUAGAAGCAAAAGAGGAUGAGGUGUAUACGUUGCAUACUGAGUGGGAGAGGGCAAGUUUAGAGCUCACAAGCUUUCUGUUAGAUGGUUCUAAAUCUCUCAAAGAUGCAUCUGGUCAAAUAGAAGCUAUUGCCUGUUCAUUUCCACACUAUAAUGUUUCGGUUACUGAACAUGUUAAGAAGGCUGCAAUUGUUUGUAUUGAGAAACAAGAAACAAUUCUAAGACUGGAAAAGAACCUGGUGGAUGCUCAAACUACAAUACUAGAAAUGCAGGAGAAACUGAAUUCGUUAAGGACUGCAACAAUUGCUUUGACCGAAAUUCAGUCAACACAACAUGAUGAAAGGACCAAAAUUGAAAAUCAGGUUGAAGACUUCAUGGAAGGGAUUUGUGAGAUGAGGAAAAACUUAUUAGAGCUCAAAGAAACUAAUAAAAUGGUGGAGGGAAGGGGAUGUACGCAUCAAAUGCAAGAAAACCAGUUGUUAAUGGUGCAGCGUAUAAUAACUGAACUUGUUUCAAUAAAUUACAAACUUGAUAACAUGAAGGCUUAUUUUGAAGACUUGGAUGAUUUUUCGACUGAUAUUUCUACUUCUAGCUCUAAUCUUUCUGAUGACGAAGAUCUGCAAGAGAACAUAGAAUAUUCAAGCAAUCAAGAAUCAGAGAAGCAAGAUAAAAAGACACAUUUGUUUUUGAAGAAGCAAUUCACGAUGGCUUAUGAAGCGUUCAUCAAAUUAGAUGUUCAAUUGGCUUCAGUCUUCAAGGACAAAGAAUAUGUACACAACUGUAUGAAGAUCGAUGAGAAAAAGACACCUAAAGCGGAUAGCUUUUUCAGCAAGUUUGAGGAGGCGCGUGCAACCAUGAAUGAAGCUGAUAAUAUGUUGAAUGUGUUGAUGAAAGCAAAUGAAGAAGCAAAAGUGUUAGCUGGUAGAUGGAAACAAGCUGCAGAAGAUGUAAUGGUGGAUAAGGCAAGCUUAGUUGAAGAACUUGCAAAUUCGGUGUCUGUUCUAGAAGGUUCUUUCCAUCACCUGAAAAAGGAGGCUGAGAAUUCAUGCCACUUAAUGUAUUCAGAUGCAUUGGCAAUGUUCCAUGGUGUCCGCCAUGACAUCAGUGAAUCAAGAUCAUCAUUGCAAGAUAUCUAUGCCGAAAGAAUGGAAAAUUCUUUUGCCUCUUUUGUGGUACAACAAUGCCAGAUUGGAGAAUAUAACAAGAAAUCCAAACUGGGAUCCAGACUUCAUGAAGAGCUUAUAAAACAUGUUGAAACCCUUCGAUUCAGACAAAACCCUUCAACGAUUAAUGAUAGUGAAGAAGAGGUUAAUUAUAGUGCACUGGCUGCUAGCAAGGAAUCAGAGGAUUUGGGUGAACGUGAUCUUAUUGGUGAAAACUUAAAGCUAAAUAAAGAAUUGGAACGGAAAAACACUUUGUUAAAUGGUUUACUUUUCGAUUUAAGCUUGUUACAAGAAUCAGCUUCUACAAGAAAAGACAUGAAAGAUGAAGCUGAAAAGUUAUUCGCAGAUUUAAGACAAGUACAACAUGAGCUAAAGAUGAAAACGACUCAGCUUGAUGAUAUGCUGAUUCGAUAUGAAAAACUCGAAUCUUGUUUAUCUGAUACCGAAUCUGCUCUUUCGGCCUCAAAAUCUUGUCUACAACAUGCUGAAGAAACUGUGAAUGCACUGUCAUACCAAAAUGGUGAAUUGAGAAGUCUUUUAGAGGAUUUAUAUCAUAAAAAGUCAGAAACCGAAGAGAAACUCGAAGAACAAAAGGAGAUUGUUAAAUCUUUAGAAAAGGAAAUUGAUUGUGGAGCUUCUUCGGUACAAGAACAGUUCUUAUUUUCUUUAGAAGGGAUUACAGAUGAUCUGAAGAGGGUUUCCAGUGAGAGAGAUCAGCUAUGUGAACAAGUUAAUUCUUUACAAGAAAAGCUUGAAAUGGCGUACUCCAUAGCUGAUGAAAACGAAGCUAUUGCUGUAGAAGCACGCCAGGUGUCAGAGGCAAACAAAAUAUAUGCUGAACAAAAGGAUGAGGAGAUUAAGAUUCUAGAAAAUUCUGUUGAAGAACUUGACAGUACCAUAAACGUAUUGGAGAAACGGGUGAAUGACAUGGAAGAGGAGCUACAAAGACAACACAAGAUAAGAGAUUCACUGGAAGUGGAACUCCAAUCAUUAAGUCAAAGACUGUUAACUGUUGAAAGCUUUAGAGACUGCAUGGAUUCUGAUAACAGUAACCUUGACCAAUAUGAGUAUCAAAUUUCAAGGAAACUUCAAGCACGGAUAAAAGAUCUUGAAGAUGAAAGAGCAGAACAAGCUAAUGAGAUUAAGCAAUGUAAAGAGUAUAUAUCUGAACUUGUAAUCCAUGCAGAAGCUCAAGCUUUACAGUAUCAGCAGAAGUACAAGUCGUUGGAAGCAAUGGUUAGUUUAAUGAAGACAGGUCCAUCAAAGUCUAGCUUAGAAGCACAGUUAUUGGAGAAGAGUGAAAAAAGCAUGGUGAGAGGAGGAAGGGGUAGUUCACCAUUCAGAUGCAUUGGGAAUUUAGUCCAACAGAUGAACACAGAGAAGGAUCAGGAGUUGUCAUUGGCCAAGGCUCGUCUACAUGAGCUAGAAUCAGUAGCAUCAAGUCGACAAAAAGAGAUAUGUAUGCUAAACACUAAACUGGCAACAGCAGAGAGUAUGACACAUGAUGUGAUCAGGGAUCUGCUUGGGGUGAAAUUAGACAUGACUAAAUAUGCAAACUUGAUAAACCAAAAGCAGCUUCAAAAACUGAUUGAGAAUGCUGCUCAGCAAACACAGGAGUUCAUAGCCAUGGAGCAAGAGAUUCGGAAACUCAAGCGACAAAUUAAUGAUUUACAUGAAGAAAGAGACAGAUGCAUUUCGGAGAUAGAUAGGAAAGAAGCAGACAUACUUGCUGGUAAAAUGAGUGUGGUACAGUUGCAAGGGCGGGACCAGUUGCUGACAGCACAAAACGAAAUGCUCAAGGCUGAUAAAACCAAUCUACAGAAACGGGCUGCAGAGUUAGAUGACAUGAUCAAGAAGCUUUUCGGAGGAGGAGGGCAGCAUGAGAAUUCCAUUCCCAUUCCCAUGCCAAAACCAAAACCAAAACCAACAGCAAGCAGCAGCAGCAGCAGUGAGUUUGGUUUUGGUAAGAGGGUGGCUGACUCAGAGAGGCUGCUUCUACGUGUCAACAAUGAACUUGCUCAAUAUCAAUAUCAAUAUCGAAAUGGCACCGAAAAAAGGCACGGGUUGUGACCUGUGACUGAGGUUGUUGUUAAGAUUGGUUUGUUGAUUCGGGAGUGUUUUUUAUUAUUGGUUAUCAGAGGGAGAAUGUGUCAAUAUCUAUUUAUGUAGUAAGCGAGCUCCAUAAUUCUGGGUUACAGACUUUAUUCUUGCUACACUUAAAAAGGACUAAUGAAUGAAUGUAUAUGAUUGGUAUGUAAUUGUACAGUGAUUUCGAAUCAAUGCUUUUUUUUUUUAUUAAGCAG